AUGUCGACUAUGAGGUAUUUAAUAAAUAGACUUUCCAAGGGAGCGAUCUGUUGUAUGCAAAGAAACAUACCUUGUAAGUCUCCUGCUUUCGUAAGAUCUGGAAAUAUCGUGUUCCGUGGAACCAGCACACAAUCCAGAGGGAAAUCUUCUCCUCACUCCACCCUCGCGAUCUCUACAGCGUCCAUGGAUGGUGAAGCUGUGAAAAUCAGAUGGAAAGAUGGAAGCAUCGCAAAAUUCCACCACAUCUGGUUGAGGGAUCAUUGUCAGUGUGAACAAUGUUACAACUCCGCUACUUUUCAGAAAGAAUUUAACAUCGUAGAUGUACCCCUCGAUAUUAAACCAAUAAACGUUUCCAUUCCUGGAGAGAACUACUUAAGCGUUCAGUGGCCAGACAGCCAUGAAACAUGCUUUAAUGCGGCAUGGCUUAGACAACACUCCUACCACACAGAACAAGGUACAUCAGGGUUGAAGAAACCAGACCAGAUAGAUGAACUGUUUUUGUGGAAUAAAGACACUAUUGAAACAAACGUUCCCAACCAUUUUAAUUUUACCAAAGUUGUCUCGAGUGAUGACCAGCUUUUCACACUGUCUCAAAGCAUCAUAAAAUAUGGGUUUGCAUUUGUAGAAAACACACCAACUAAAGUUGACGCUGUUGAAGAAAUAUCCAAGAAGUUAAGUGGCCAUGCUAUGGAAACACACUAUGGAAAAUUUUGGGAAUUUUCCAAUGAGGUUCUGGAGCAUGCUGACACUGCCUACACAGCAAGUUACCUUCGAGGGCACACAGACAACACAUACUUCUCCAAUCCAGCUGGGCUUCAGAUGCUGCAUUGUGUGGGACAUCAGGGAACAGGGGGAAUGAACUUGUUAGUAGAUGGAUUCUUUGUGGCAGAGAAGCUGAAGAAAGAUGACAGGGUGUCCUUUGAUUUUCUAACCUCAACAACCCUUCCUUUCCAAUACAAGUCUGAGGAACUUCACUUGAAAGCCAAGGGACCAAUCAUAGAGCUUGACCCUUUCAAUGGAACAAUCUCUAGGAUAAGAUUCAACAACUACGACAUGCAAACUCUGGACUGUUUGAAUUAUGAGGACGUUGCUCAAUUUUACAAAGCUUUGAAAGCAUUCACUGCACUUACCUGUGACCCUGAAAACCAGCUGUGGUUCAAACUCAUCCCAGGUUUGUUACUCAUCAUGGGUAACUGGAGAGUGCUUCAUGGCAGGUCGUCAUUUACUGGAAAGAGAUCCAUGCAAGGCUGUUAUGUCAAUGGUGAUGACUUUUUCGGAAAGUACAGAGCUAGAGCUCUUGCUUUGAACAAAAAUUGA